AUGGGUAGUGAAUUGAACUUAGAAACUACUAGAUCCAGUUGGACUGGUGGUUGGUUCAGCUGGACUCGUCAAUCUGAUGAGAUGCUCAGAAAUGUUGAGAAGAAAAUAUUAUCAUGCGUGAAAACGGCGUACAAGCGCUUCUACGUGGACAUCGGCUCAGUGGUGGGGCAGAGCGACAAGAUAUGGACGAUAUCGCUGAACGAGGAGUCGCCGCGCGCUCCGCUGGUGCUGCUCCACGGCAUGGCCGCCGGCCUCGCUCUGUGGUGCCCCAACCUGGACGCGCUCGCGGCCAACAGGCCCGUGUAUGCCAUCGACCUGCUGGGGUUCGGGCGUAGCUCGCGGCCUAAGUUCGCGUCGGACGCGAACAAGGUGGAGGCACAGUGGGUGGAGUCAAUCGAGGAGUGGCGCCGCGAGGUGAACCUGGAGCAGAUGGUGAUAUUGGGCCACAGCCUCGGCGGCUACAUCGCCACCGCGUACGCCCUCAAGUACCCGGAGAGGGUGCGGCACCUGAUCCUCGCGGACCCGUGGGGCUUCCCCGAGCGGCCGUCGAACGUGAACGAGAAGUACCAGCUGCCGCUGUGGGUGCGCGCGGUGGCCACGACGAUGCAGCCGCUCAACCCGCUGUGGGCGGUGCGCGCCGCCGGCCCGGCCGGCCGCUGGCUGGUCGGCAAGACCCGCCCCGACAUACCGCGAAAGUACGCCGCCCACCUGGCCCACGCGGACCAGCUUAUACCGGACUACAUAUACCAGUGCAACGCGCAGACGCCCAGCGGCGAAAGCGCUUUCCACGCGCUCAUGCACGGCUUCGGUUGGGCGAAGAACCCGAUGGUGCACCGCGUGGGCCAGCUGCCGACCGCCCUGCCCGUCACGGUCCUGUACGGCUCCCGGUCCUGGGUGGACAACGGCACCAGCCAACUCCUCAUCGAGCAACGGCCCAACUCCAAGACUUACGUCCAGGUUAUCAACGGCGCUGGGCACCACAUAUAUCUGGACAAGCCAGAGCAGUUCAACAAGUACGUGGUGGAGGCGUGCGAAAGGGCUGACGCAUAUGACCCUCGUGAUCACAUAAAAAACCCACCCGAGACCAACGAAAAUCGCUCAGAGGAAUCUAGACCCACCUCU